UCUUAGUCUUGUGUUUGUCUUUCCAGAUCGCGCUGCAAACAGGAGAGGAAUUCCAGUCUGGACCAAGAGGAACCAGAACAUCUGCAGAUAGAGGAGCAGAAAAACCUUCCUGGACAGAAGAGGAGACCAUGGAGCUCCCGCAAAGUGAGCAUAAGGAGCAGGAGGCCGGAGAUCCAGAGGAGAACCCCUUCACCUGUGAGACAUGUGGAGAGAGCUUCUUAAAAAAAGAACGUUUAACGGUCCACAUGAGAACUCACACAGGUGGGAAGAUUCAUGGAUGUCAAACCUGUGGGAAAAACUUCAGUAAUGAAACCGCUCUAGAAAGACACCUCAGAGUUCACACAGGGGAGAAGCCCUUCUCCUGUGAGGUUUGUGGCAGAAGUUUUUCUCGAAAAGGUAAUUUGACUGAACACAUGAUAUCUCACACAGAGAAAAGGCCUUUUCCCUGCAAGAACUGUGGGAAAACCUUUAAAAGAAGAGAUUUUUUGGCUGUACACAUCAGAACUCACACAGGGGAGAGGCCUUUCGCCUGCGAGACCUGUCGGAAAAGAUUUAUAUCCAAGUCUCGUUUGAAUGAACACAGGAGAAUUCAUGCAGAGGGGGAGGGCUUUAAAUGUUCCAUCUGUAAUAAAACCUUCAGCUUUAAGUGUAAUUUGGUUUUACAUAUCAGAACCCACACAGGUGAGAGGCCUUACAAAUGUCUGUCCUGUGGAAAAGAUUUCAGCAAUAGAUCUGCUGUCCUGAGGCACGUCAGCAUCCACACAGGAGAGAAGCCGUUCCCCUGUACCAUUUGUGGCAAAAGUUUUACUCGAAAGGGUGUUUUGAGUAAGCAUAUGGCGACCCACUCGGAUGAACGGCCUUUUUCCUGUAACACCUGUGGAAAAGCAUUUAAGAGAAAAGCUUUUUUGACUGUACACCUGAGAACUCACACAGGCGAGAGGCCUUUUAAAUGUCCGUCCUGUGACCAGAGCUUUGGUUCUAAACCCAACCUGAUUCGGCACGUCAUGCUGCACACAAAGGAGAGGCGUGCGCUACCUGCGGCAACAGCUUCGUUCAAAACAUCCAGCUGAACGACCACAUGGGGAUUCACACAGCCCAAAGGCCUGUUUUCUGUGAGACGUGUGAGAAAACGUUUACGUCAAAACCUCUUUGGAAUGAAAACAUGGAAAAGCACAAAUCUGGGACAUUUUUUAAAUCUGUGGAAAAGCUUGAUGAAUAAAUCUGAUCUGGACAGAAACUCCAGAACUCACACGGGUGAGAAACCGUUCCCCUGUCAGGUUUGUGACAAAGGUUUUACUGAAAAACGUAACUUAUCGCAUCACAUGACGACUGAACGGUUUUCAGCCUGUGAGGUCUGUGGAAGAACGUUAACCACAUAAAAAAGUCACAUGAGUCAGAAACAGGUUUCAUGCAUGAUGUUUGGGACGAAUAUUAAAGAA